AUGCGACGCCUCCUAUCUCGCCGAAAGAACGAGGCGCCUAACUCGCCAUUCCCGGACGACCCGACGUCUCGAGGAUCGUUAUGGGCUGGCAUCAAGGACGAUGUCGAGGCUGCUCUUCUGGAGUAUGUAGGCACCACCAUGUUCCUGCUGCUCGCGUACGGCGGUGUACAAGCAGCCGCGACCGAAGCAGGUGUCAGCACGACGAACUCGGUAGUCGAACGUUCCGUGACCGUCGCUCUCGCCUUUGGCAUCAGUCUCCUCGUGACCGUCUGGUUGUUCUAUCGCGUCACCGGGGGACUCUUCAACCCUGAUGUCAGCCUCGCCCUGCUCAUCGCUGGGGUCAUUGGGCCUGUGCGAUUCGUGUUCUAUUGUAUCGCGCAGCUCGUCGGUGGCAUCACUGCUGCCGCAAUCGUGUACGCGCUAACGCCUGGACCGCUGGCCUCAAACACGUUCCCUGGGCCGGGUGUCAACAAAGCGCAGGCGGUCUUCAUCGAGAUGUUCAUUACCAGCGCGCUCGUGCUGGCUGUGCUCAUGCUCGCAGUAGAGAAGCACAACUCUACGCCGUUCGCUCCGAUCGGGAUCGGACUGACGGUGUUCGUCUGCCACUUGUGGGCGGUGAUAUUCUCUGGCUGUGGGAUGAACACGGCUCGUUCUUUUGGCCCUGCCGUCGUCACGGGAUUCCCCUAUGAUACACAAUGGAUCUACUGGCUCGGUCCGUUCUUGGGCUCACUCCUCGGUUCAGCGUUCUAUAAAGCGAUGUGCAUGUACGCAACCUCCGCCUAUCCCUGCCGCUAG